UUGGGCCUCAGUCGAGACUGGAGUAUGUCAACAUCCAUCGUGAAAGGUCGUGUUUCGUACGACUGACGCUACUCAUCCUAGGUCUAUUCAUGCCCUAACAGGAAGGCUGACACGGCUGGAGGAAACCAAUAGCCGGCUUCGAAACGGAGAUGUCUCCACUGUGCGUGCUCCAAGUAGCAGCAAUCUGUCCCCGACUGUAUCGGUUUCAUCGUCGAAGUUCUUCGAGGCAGAUGCCGCGUGCAGCCAAAUGAAUUUCCCAUUUCAGCCCGAUCCCGAUCAUAGUCUGGGCCGAAAUGCUCCAGCUAUAGGGCUUUUAGCAACCUUUUCACGAUUGCAAACGGCUACAGUGCCCGAGGGCCCUCGAGAAGCUCAUGAUCUAGGACGGAGCGAGCCAAGAUUGCCUCCAGGCGUCAUAAGCAUGCUACUGAAUAUCUACUACGAGAGAAUUCACAGCCGAUAUCCCUUUCUCUAAUUUUAAGAAUUGCUUGAUAUGGUGCAGCAAUGGCAAGAAGCUGCUGGAAGGCUGCCCGAAGGGUACUUCUCUACCGGAUCCAGUCAAACGAAGAGCCCGGAGCCUUGGAAAGGAUUAUUCGUCAACAUGGUUCUCUCAAUCGGAAAUUUGCUGCAAAAAGACGCUGGGGAUCAAAGCACCUUCUCUCAUCAUACGUUCUAUCGACUAGCAGUGACGCGGUUCUUGUCACACGUUUUUGCACAAUCAGAGCGAUUGAUUCAUCUACAAGCGUAUCUGCUUCUUGCAAUGCAUGCUCUGUACAGCCCUUCCACCGAGAAGAUCAUCUCCGUUGCUUCUGCAACGAUGCGUUACUGUGUCAUGGCCCACGUCCGUCUCGCUGAACGAGAACCGGAUUAGCUAGGCGCAGCCCGGGUACGAUUACAGAUUAGAAGACGGGUCUUCUGGUCUGCCCACGCGCCCAUGUUCGAUCUGUCGUUCUCCGUGCCCGACGAUCAAAUUACGGUUCCCAUGUAUGCCAAUGUGGACGAUAGUCAGAUUUAGGAGUGGUGUAAUUCGGCAAGCAGAGAGGACACUGAAGACCUAUAAUCUCUCCACACUAGUGUCUCCUCCGCAAUGCACGUCGUUUAUUGCAGACAGUUACAAUCGGAGAUACUCAACCACACAUUACAUCGUGACUUUGAAU